UGUUAAAUUGCGCCCGCCCCGCUCCACACAAGGCAUAUCACCGCCCCACACUCCACGUCAAUAGUUAACAGAUCAGCGCUUCUCACUGGAUACACAACCGGUUGGUAGUGUACACUUCAAUAGUGGCAUGUGGUCGUUUGGUCCCAUUUUACUCUUCCUAAAGUAAGGUGUAACAAUACUGCUAAGCACAUGACUUGUAGUCCUGUAAUCCACAGAUACUGUUAUUUUCUUUGGCGAGGAAGAUUUCGGUGUGCUAAAUGUGCUGGGGUUUUGGAAGAUUUCGGCAUUGCACCGGCACGAUCUCAAGCUGCAGUUUGGUUAAAUCGUUGCGGUAGCCAACACGUUUUAUAUGUCUAUUUUUAGUCUCAAGUGCUUGGCUCAACAGUGGUGACUUUUGUAUCCUUGUCGACGAGUUGUCAUUCACGCCGUGCCGGUUGGGUGUUCGAAUGUACUUGCCCAGCAUGGCCGAUUCCAUGCUCUCCUUACAGAACUUGAUGGAGGCAACCCGCUCUAGUGCCUUCAUCAUGAGUAACCCACCCCUAGCCGCGCUACACAGCAUGACCGAGAAGACACCGGCUUUCCCCUACCCGGCCCAGCCUGCUUGCCUGACGUCCACGGGAAGCUACAAGCCCAUGGCCAUGACUUACCACCCAACUCUGGGCAACGCCACCCCGCACGGUAUCUCGGACAUUCUGGGCCGGCCGGAGAACAGCGGGGCGGCCGCAGCUGCAGGCUUCCUCACUGGAGUCUCGCGGUUCGGCUCGCCGUUCAGCACGGCGGCUAACAUGUACCUGAGUCGCCUAGGCAAGCCGGUUACAGACUUGCAUGUGCCGACCACUGGACCAGCAGCUCUGUACUGGCCGGCAAAUCUCUUACAUUCCCCUGCAGCAUGGAGGGACCCACGUUUGCCUUGUCCACCAGUUCAACCGGCUUCUCAAAGUGGCAGCCCCGUUGAUAAGGACGGAAAGAAAAAGCACACGCGACCAACCUUCUCCGGACAGCAGAUCUUUGCCUUGGAGAAGACCUUUGAGCAAACCAAGUACCUCGCCGGACCGGAAAGAGCUAGGUUAGCUUAUGCUCUCGGAAUGACGGAGAGUCAAGUUAAGGUUUGGUUCCAAAAUCGCCGUACAAAGUGGCGCAAGAAACAUGCUGCUGAGAUGGCUAGCGCUAAACGAAAGCACGACUCUGAGACCGAACAUCUCGCCGCUGAGAGCUCGGACCUAGACGACGGCCGGAGCGGCAAUGGGCACGUGCCACAUCAACACGGCCCACGCAGCGGCGGUGCCUCGGUAGUCACUAGGGUCGACCACCACACUGAUGGUGGAGAUAUCAAGCGAAGGAGGCUAGACUGUGGGUUUGGUGGCUCCGACUCCUUGAGCAGUUCGUCGAGUUUAUAGUUCAUUCGGGAUCCACUGAAGAUCUUCUGCCGGGAUGGAAGACAGGCAGUAAGCACACGAGUUAUGCGCUAUCAUUAGCUGCGGCGCCGUAACUGGUUCCAGUCCAUUACACAAUGUAUUCACCAGGGGCGCCAAAAUGACCCAGAUCAUCAGGAUGACCAUAGAAAGUAGAAAUCAAUGUGGGGCUGCCACGAAACUCGACGAAUUAAGAGGUUCUUCAGGUAUAGGACAAAUAGCUAGUUGCAUAAGGUUAAAGUGAGACAAGAUAAGUUGUUCUGCCAAUUGCAUCCUGAUAUCUUUGCCAAAUAGCGUCAGGAACGUAGCAGAAUGUGAUGUAGAGCAUUUUCAGUCACGUGAUUUUUCACGGUCAGCGUUAAAUUUACACAGAUGUGUGCGGAAACUCACAAGCGUUUGAAGUUUCCCAACAUUCAUGAAAUUACCAAUGGAAAUACACAGAUUCGAAAAUACACGCCUCUUCACGGACAUGGUACGCUUCCUGAAAUGCCUUUGCCCGUAAUGUUACGUCACAUGAAAACCUCCAUUGUGAUCAAAAUGUUCUUUUGUCAAAUAUGUAGCCAAUUUACUAGUAAUUCAAGGGAAACGGGGACUUAAAACGUAUGGAGAAAAAGGGUGAACUUAACUGUUUACCUUGUGAGAAUGUCAAAAGUGCAUGGAUACUUGAACAACAGCCGCAUAAAACUCGUACUGGUAACCAUUUGACCUCUGGCACCAAGCAAUAUCUGACAAACAGACGCUAUGCCGGAUACAUAGCAUUCUUAUUCAUGUGUUACUUUGCACAUUUCACGUCAUGUUCACCUGCCACAAGGCCAACAAUUUCUGGAAAAAUACUGCAGCAGUUUUCUAUCGAGCCGCUGAACCGUGUCGAGCCAGAUACAGCUCCUAUAUUUCUCCAUUUAGUUUAGAGACAGAUGUAGAAUGGUGUUUGUUGAGAGACUGCAAUGUAUGUUGUUUUAAAGUAACAGUAAAACUUUCAUUACAGUUUCCAACUAUUGUUGCAACAAGAUAUAUCGCUCCGUAUACAAUCUGUAUUGCUCAGUAUCCCGAGAUACAACACCCUUAAAAUCAUAAAUUUGUGAAGAAUACAAAUCUUCAAACAAUGUUUUGUCAAUAGAACAUUUUAAAGGCCAAAAUAAUGAAGUAAGUCAUGUUUCAUGAAACGAUUGGGUCAGUGUUAAGAGAAAAUUGGUUGGUUAAUUAAUAUAGAUCGAUCCGAAGUUGUUCCUUACAUUAAGGUGCAACAUACUGUACCUUUGGAGCCAAAUACCAUCUGUGAUAUUAAACCUCGCUGGUAUUUACAGGAAUAUUUAUUUAUAUUAAACUAUGGCCACUCUGAAAUAUACACAAAUUCUUUACGUCGUACAUGCAUACGACAGAAAAAAUAUUGAUUGUAAAUAUUAUACAAACCACACAUUCAUGAAAGUUGUUUAAAUCAACAAGCGUGGGGUGAAUAAGUGGCGAUUUUGAGAAUGUCAUUUGUUGAAAAUGGAGCCGUUACGCUUCAUUACCAGAGCGAAGAUGGGGAGGGAGAGCAUGUUUCCCCCUAGUUAUCAGCUUGUAUGCGAGCGCAGCAACAAAUGCGUGCGUCAAGCAAUUUGUAUUGUACAUUAAGAAACACCUUGUAACAGGAAUCAAAACGCUGAAUUUUAAGUUAUAAAAAAUCGGCUAUUAGCUGCACGUUGUCGUAUUAGGCAUCAUCGACAGACAUGAAGAUAAACCAAAACUAAUGCAGUGAAAACAUCACAAUAUAUACUUCAGUUGAAAUAAUCAAUUUAAUGUUAUCAAUCAAUCAUGGAAUGAGUAGUAUCCAAAUAAAUUUCGAAUUUUUUUAACGUGUUCCCGUAGGUGUCCUUCACAAAUUCACGAUGAUUUGUAGUCGGUGAUCUCAUGAUUGUAAACUGUUAUGUUUCUACUUGAAGCUUCAUGUGUAGAUUUUACAUCAUUGACGCCCUGGUAGGAAUAAACGAACGGAUUUCUUUCGUCACUGGAUGUAGGCCUACUCAUUCUUAUGUUUUGUUCGAAGGAGAGCACUGUAAGUCGGCGGUUAGAAGUGAUAGACUUUCUUGUGAAAAUUUUUUCUAUUCGAUGUACGUUUACAACGAUGCAAGACUGGUUUAGGGGGUUGCAAUACGAGACUCCAAUUUAAACCAUUAUAUGAGCAAACCCCAUCAGUGUAAUUUUCAGAAAAUUUUUGCUGUUUUAAUUGCGAAAUGUACUUCCUCAAAACGCUUAUUGCGUGAAACAUUUUUUUGUGAUAUGUGUACACUACGACCCAGGACAUGAUGCUUGUCGUCCUGACCUUUUUUAUCCAUCAAAAUUUUCAAGUCAAAAUGUCACCUUGGAUAUAAAUGGAGACCCUUUCAAGGGAGCGUAGUGUGCCAAGCUUGCCUUAGGCUGUCUCUCUGUUAUUGAAUUUAAAUCUUGUGGUUUUUAUCAGCUGAAGCCAGUGCUCACUGGUGAUUGAGAAUUAUGUAAUUUACAUGAGAUCGAAGUGUGAAACUGUUGACAUCAGAUUCCGUGCAGCCAUGUAGAUGAAUUUCAAACGCAUGGUAGACCUCACAUUCUCACAAUGCAAACGAUUUUGAUUUGAGAUUAAAUCUACCCCCAGCAAAAUAUUUCCCCUCUCAAGUACUCUUCAAGUAAAUAAGGUAAACACCAUUAAUUGCAGAAUAAAACACAUGUAAACUGCAAGCACAAUGGAAAGAUACACAUUUUAUACCAAAAGCUAAAGAGUCUGCCCUUUCUAGUAACUUGUAAAUCGACAUAAACUUAGCCUUAAGGUAUUAUUGAAGGACUUUACAUUUUUCAAUUUAUUAAGAUGUCUCAUUAACGGUUCCUUAAACAUCUUAUCGGAAAUCACGGCUGUCAGAGGGAAAAAUAAAACACGACCGGAAAAUGUAAAAGAGUAAUUUAAACGAAAAUUCCACCAGUGCGCUCUUAUCUGUAAUAUACCUCUUCUUUGAAACCUAAUGAAAAAAUACAGACUUAGUCCUCAUAUAUUGCUUCAUUAUAUUAAUGUAAAUAUUGUAAAUAAACAUUGCCGUUUGCCAAAUACAUAUUAAAUAAAUUACUGUAUCAGAAAUCAGA